CCAUUCAGAGCACCUGCAUCCUCAGUGUGGCCUUGUGUCCUCACAGCUGGCCGCCAGCUGUUAGCACACAAUACGCGUUACUUUCCAGCUCGGGUGCACUUGAGCCUUGUAUCCUGUCCCGCUUGAAGAGCAUGGCUGGGCUCAAGCAGAAGUCCGUCUUGGAUAUGAUUAAAGUGUUCAGGAGGAACUGGCGCACCCUGUGCAGCUCUGAAAGAACAACUCUCUGCGGAGCGGACGCCAUGUUCCUGGCGCUGCAGCUGGCCAUGGCGGAGAACAAUAAACUGCACGGUGGAGAAUUCUCAGUCUCUCUCAGUGAUGUCCUGAUGACGUGGAGAUACUUCCUGCACGAGAAACUGAACUUACCUGUUGGAAACAUGGAGGUGGCCGACCACUAUGGGGACAUCAGGAAGACUUACGAAGAUUUCCUGAAGAAGAGUGAUAUGCUAGAUCUGAUUGAUGUUUAUCAAAAAUGUAGAAUUUUGACUUCUAAUUCUGAAAAUAAAGACAUUUUAGCUGCAGUUCAGCUGCGGGAUUUCCUAUCUGGCAGGGAGCGUGAAGUAGAAGAUAAAACCGAUCCUUCCACGCCGGCAUCACCCAUGAGACACACCCAGGAUGGUGAAAAGGCAUUGGUGAAGCUACUAGCAAAGACAAUUAUCUUUUCGUAUUUAAACCUGCUAGUGAAUUCUAAGAAUGACCUGGCCUUGGCUCAUAUUCUCAAUAUUCCUGACCGAGGGCUUGGAAGAGAGGCCUUCACCGAUUUGAAACAUGCUGCUCGAGAGAAACAGAUGUCUAUCUUUCAGGUGGCCACAUCAUUUAUUAGAACGAUCGAGCUUGGAGGGAAAGGCUACGCCCCCUCGCCCUCUGACCCUUUAAGGACACAUGUAAAGGGGUUAUCUAGUUUUAUUAAUUUCAUCGACAAACUACAUGAGAUUCUUGGAGAAACACCAAACCCAAGCAUUGCAGGGGGUCGGAUACUGUCGGCAAUAAAGAUGCAGCUGAUUAAAGGCCAAAGCAGCAGGGAGUCCUUUUGCAAAGCAGUGGAGGAAGUUGCUCAGGAUUUGGAUUUGAGGAUUAAAAAUAUUGUCAAUUCUCAACAAGAGGACAGAGCUCUCAGCACCGCUGACAUCAGCCCUGCGCGGCCCAAAUCUCAUGCCAUCAACCAUGGCACUGCCUACUGUGGCAGAGACACUGUGAAGACCUUAUUGGUUCUUCUGGACGAAGAAGCAGCCGGGGUGCCAAGCAGAGCUGCCAAAGCAGAGCUUUUGUACAGCGACGGGAACACAGGCCAUCGCGAUGGGCCUUCUCUCCUCACACUGUUCCGAUCUCCUGUACAAGAGGGUAAUUCAUCCAUGAAACCCCUGAGAGAACGCAUCAGUCAGUCUGUGCAAGAGAAAAAAAUAAAGAUGAAGCAAACCUUAAUUAGAUCCCAGUUUUCUUGCACGUAUAAAGAUGACUGCAUGAUAAGCAAGGAUAAAUGGAAUGACACUGACUCGGAAUCAGAGCCUCCGCGUGUUCUGCACUUGAGAAACGACCUUUCUGAGAGUGUAGAUUCGUCCGUUGGAAAAUCAACAGUUGGAAUACGUUCUGGAAAUGUUCAUCUGGACAGAAGUAAAAAUGACAAAGUAUCAAGAAUAUCAAAGAGUCAGACAGGAAAUAAAAGCUCAAAAAGGAAACAGAUGGAUUUGGAUGGUGAAAAUAUUCUCUGUGAUAAUGGAAACGAACCACCUCAACAUAAAAAUGUUAAGAUACCGAAAAUAUCAAACGAUUUGCAAAAGAAGCUGGGUGGCAGACUGGCCGGAGCGGCAGCCGGCAGCAAGUGCGCUGCCAAAACCAAGUUGCUUACUGGCCAGACAAAGUUAACUCAGUUUUUUGUGCUGUGAUUUUGUCAUUUAUGUGCUUUAGAUGGACACAUUUAUGAAACCGUUCACCAAAACUGUGUGCUUUUCAAAGAUCAGGGUGUGACCGUGAUACUUUAUUCCUUUGCUGUGAUGUGUGUCGUCCACAAAUACCACUUAGUCAUCAUGA